CUCACAUAUACAAACUUAUAUUUGUGCAUGGCAUUCAACCAUUUCUCCUAGAAAUAAGCAAGUCCUGCCAUGCACAACACAAGAUAACACAGGAUGCCUCCCUUUCUCUACUCUUAACCAUUCACAUUUUUAUUUACCUUUAUUAUAAUUAUAUAUACCAUUAUUUAUUAUCUUCUUCCCAAUCCUUCAUCCAAGCAGCAGAGGUAUAUCGGCGAUUAAUUUCGCCGAUAUACAAUUUUUUCCUUUAAAUAGAAACAAGUAUCACAUCAAUUUCCUAAGCAGAAAUCCAAAACGAAAAAAAUUAAAAUUAAAAAAAAAAAAAAAAUCAACAGUUGAUUCAAUUUCCUAGCUAAUUUUCUUGAGAAGGAAAAACACUAGCUAGGAAAUUGGAACAUUUUUUGAAUUUUUUUUAUAUGUAUAUGUUGUGUAUAUAAAGAGCAUUUUGAACAGGAUUUCUCUUUGGGAAUUGUGGUGCUUGUUGAUAUUAUUGGACUUUUAUUUUGUAUGCUGCAUUGUCGAAUUGAGGCAUGGCGGAUUCAGGUGCAGAGAAGAAAAGAGUAGUGGUGAUUGGAGGUGGAGUUGCUGGAUCUCUUAUUGCAAGGAGUCUUCAAGAUGAGGCUAAUGUUACCCUCGUCGAUAUGUGAGUAACUUUUGUUUGUUACCCUUGUUGAUAUGUAAGUGUUUUAUGCUUUUGUUUGUUUGAUAAUCGUACUGUCUGGGUCAGCUUGUAUGCACCUCCACGAAUUCCACAUUUAGGUGAUAUAGAUGAGGCCAAUGUUACCCUUGUUGAUAUGUGAGUGUUCUAUGCUUUUGUUUGUUUGAUAAUCGUGGUGUCUAAGUCAGCUUGUAUGCACCUCCACAAAUUCCACAUUGAGGUGAUAUAGAUGAGGCUAAUGCUGAAGGGGAGCCUUAGAGUAACCGGUAAAGUUGUUGUCAUGUGACCAGGAGGAGGCCACAGGCUCAAGCCUUGGAAACAGCCUCGGCUUCAUAUAAUACACCCUUGUAGUGAGGCCCUUCCCCGGACCCUGUGUAUAGCGGGCACUUUAGUGCACCGGGCUUCCCUUUUUUUUUUAGAUGAGGUCAAUGUUACCAUCAUUGAUGUAUGAGUAUCUUUUAUGCCUUUGUUUGUUUUCUAAAAUUUUGAUAAUUGUGAUGUCUGGGUCAGCUCAUGUUUACUUGCUAUCUUUCACCGACAUAAGUAUCGGGUACCUAUAUACAUCAACGUUUGGACAGACGAGAAAAAAUCACCUCAUGUUUUGUUUACGUUGAGAUUUGAGUUUGAGACCUCGUGGUUCCCAACUCCCUCUUGGUGUGUUUAUUUCUCCAUGUUCUAUUUUUCGCCAAUAAAUGGGGUAGGGUGGGGAAAGCCUCACGAGCUAGCUUUUGGGGUUGAGUUAGGUCUAACGUCCAGUUUAUUAGCCAUUUUCGUUAAGAUAUUACAUGGAUUUAUCAUUUGUAUAGUGUUAUAAUUAACCGAAUGCAAGAAAAAUGAACAGGAAGGAGUUCUUUGAGAUGCCUUGGGCUGCUUUAAGGUCAAUGUGUGAUCCUUCAUUUGCAAAACGAGCCGUCUUUAGUCACUCCGAAUACCUUCCUCGUGGAAAAGUCGUUACAUCUGCUGCUACUGACAUCACGGAGACAGAGGUUGUAACUGCAAAAGGCGACAGAGUCGCGUAUGAUUUUGCUGUUAUCGCUACUGGUCACUCGGAAACUGGUGCUUUCACGAAAGAUGAGAAGUUCACUCAAUACCAAGCAGAUCAUGAAACGAUUAAAUCUGCCAAAUCCAUAUUAGUAAUCGGGGGAGGACAAACAGGCGUGGAACUGGCUGCUGAAAUUGCAGUGGAUUAUCCCGAUAAGAAGGUGACGAUUGUGCAUCGGGGAUCAAUGUUGUUGGAAUUUAUUGGAGAAACUGCUAGCAAUAAGGUAGUGCAUUGGCUAAAACAAAGGAAGGUUGACAUCAUUCUUGGCCAAUCUGUCGAUGUAAAUAAUGCAAAAGACGGUGUUUACAAGACAUCUGGUGGACAAACUAUAGACGCGGAGUGUCAUUUCAUUUGCACUGGAAAGCCGAUUGGUUCGGGGUGGCUAAAAGAGACCGUGUUAAAGGAUUGUUUAGACAUUCAUGGAAGGUUGAUGGUUGAUUCUAAUUUGAAGGUCAAGGGUCGCAACAAUGUGUUUGGCAUCGGAGAUAUUACUGAUAUCCCCGAACUUAAACUAGGAUAUUUGGCUCAGAGACACGCGGGGAUAGCUACCAAGAACAUCAAACUGUUAAUGAAGAACGCGAAUGACAACAACUUGAAUGUAUAUAAACCAGCUUUACCAUUGUCGUUGAUUGCUCUAGGUAAAAGAGAGGCUGUAGCGCAGUUUUACUGCAUAUCGUGCAUUGGACGCCUUCCAGGGAUGAUAAAAUCGGGAGAUUUAUAUGUCGGAAGGACUCGAAAGCAACUUGGUUUGCUAUCUGAAUGAUGAAGUGUUUUAUCUGGUUUAACCUGUAUUCUUUAGCUAGUUACACUGUAAACAUAGUUGUUAAUAAUGUCACAUAUUCAGUUAGAUGCACCUUUUUCUCCUCUUUGAUUUUUCUCUCUGUUUGUUGUACAUGAUUGUUCUCUACUUUGAGUCGGGGGUCUAUCGGAAACAGCCUCUCUACUUCCUCGGAGGUAGCAGUAUGGACUGCGUACAUCUUACCCAGACCCCACUCUUGUGGGAAUACACUAGGUAUGUUGUUGUUGUUGUACAUGAUUGUUCUGCUUGUGAAAUUAAACUGUGUAUAAAAGUUCUGUAUCGAGUUACCAUGUUUCA